AUGAUUGGAAAAUAUAAUAUCGUACAUGUUGGACGUGUCAACAUGUUUGUGCGAUUUGAGAAUCCGGAUCCUGUGCUUCAGAAAUUCAUACAAAUGCUUAGUAAGUGUAACAGUCUUGUGACGACUUUCGUCUUAGGCUCUAAAAGCUGACUUACACAAUAUGGAACCAGGAGGAUACCUUUGAUGGGACGAACUAGAUGUCAGUGGAAUGCUCCCCAAGAAUACAGAUUCCUGCCUGAACACCUUUGCUAUGAUCACCUGCACGAAAUGGGCAUGGUUUGGAUGGAAACCCAGGGCUGUACAACAAGGCAAUUUCAAGAAAUCAACAUUAAAAAUCUGGUGCCAUUGACUAAUCUCUUCUACAGAUGGGUUGGUGGAAUAUCGAGCUGGUUUGAAAGUCACGGCCUCAAGAUCCACGAUUUCAGCGGCUGCCAACUCACAACCAUAUGGCAAGACCAUGGACCGCUAUGCAUGUUAUGGGAUUCCAUGA